CGUUUUUGAAUAUAUAAGUUUCUGGAUCAAAUCCGUCACUUGCCAGUGCCACUUUCAUUCUUUCUAUCAAUUCAUUCUUCCCACCGGACGUUUCUAACUCGCGAUUCUCCAUUUCGGCUUUCAGUUACGUCACUUUCCGGUUACUUAGUCUCUUGGCCAUGUUUAUGUCACUAUUUAAAUCCCACUUCUGAGACCAAGGUAACGUUUUUUGUGUCUCUCACGCUCAUACAAUCGUUACCAAACACUUUUAAUACUUUAUCGUCGCCCAGUUUUGCACAAAAUUAAUUGCCUAGCCGUACUGGAGAUGUAUAAUGUAUGUAUAAAACAUGUAGCUGAGAGAGAACUAAUAAUGGCAAAACGUUAUGUUGGUGGAAGUUCAGAUAUUAAUAGACCAAUUGGAGGCGGGGGUGCACCGAUUUUUAGUAACGGAAAGAAAAUUACAAGAACAUGCGAAGAUCCAGUUCUUAGAUUUCAAUUCGGAAGUAAAGAUCUCAGGAGAUGCGUAGAUAAUACUCUUAGAUAUAAAACUAACAAAGAACAGCAGCAAGAAUAUAAGAAAGAAUUAGAUAAAUUAGUAGCAGAGAAAAAGCAAAAAGAAAAACAGGAGAAAACCGAUGAUAUACGUUUUCACCAGGAACAAGGUUGGUCUGAUGAAACUACACUGAAAAAUCUUGGAAAGGAAUCCACGAAACCCAAUUUCAAAAAAAUAAAUGGCAAUAAACCGAAUUACAUUUGUAAUAUAACAUCUUGCAAACCUUCUUUGAGGUUGGAUCCCAUAGCAUAUCCUAGAAGAAAUUUCAUUCCUGUUGGAAGAAACAGAAAACUCUCUCCCUUAUCUGAAAAUAAGGACGAAGGUGUAGAGUUGGUAACACUGUUAGCAAAAGACAGAAAUUAUCCACCAAAAAUUCCAUUGUGUAGUUCGGAUAUUACUUCAGAGAAGAAAAUGGGCAAUAUGAACCCAGGUAUAUGGAGUAGGGAAGGGUCUGCCUAUUUGAAAGUUUUGGCAGAGCAAAUGAUGUACAAAAAACAAAAGAUGCAGGAAAUGAAAAACAAGGAAUAUGAAAUUUGUAAGAAACACUUCUCAACUUGGACUGGAUUUUGGGGUAGACCUGGAAAUGGAGCACCACUACCAGAGAUCAGGAAACAAUGUUUGGACAAUAUGCUUUAUCCAAAAAUGACACCUAUACCUGUCCACUGAUAGUAAUAAACGAUGCUAGGAAUAUUUUGAAAACAACAAUAAACUGAUUACAGCAUUUUGAUUUGAUGCAUGCUCACAAUACAUUAUAUAUAAUAUGUUAGAAAUAUAUCAAUUCGCAAGCUUAA